GAUGCAAUGCGAUGGCUCGGUUGGCCCACCACUUUCCACACGCAUUUUGGCUAUGUAUAUAAUGCCGAAAAAAAUUAUUUGAUUCAUAGUACCUUCAACAAGUACCAAGUAAUCAAGAUGGCAGCUAAAUAUUUGAUCGUUCUUUGUGUGGCUAUCCACUGCUGUUUGGGAGGCGUAGUUCCCGCAGUCCCAGCAGUUGCUGCUGUACCUGCAGCUUAUUCUGUCCCUUAUGCGUCUUCUUACAGUGCUAGCGUUGUUGACCAUGCCAUCGCUGCUCCAGUCGCCCAGCCUUUGGUUGCUGCUCCAGCAUUUGCUGCACCAGCAGUAGCCGCUCCAGCAUUUGCUUCAUAUGCUGCUUACAAUGCCCUGCCUUAUGCCUACGCUCCAGCACCUCUGAUUGCCGGAUAGAAGAAUCAUUCUGAUUGGAACUUUCAUCUAUAGCCACAACCUUGCUCGAUAAUGCUCCACUUUACAUCUGGAUUCGAGGAAACAUUCAUCUAAUAUUGUGGGCUACACGUCAUUCGGUAGAUUUCACAUCGUUAAUUCAUUUCUCGAACUUUUUUGAAAAAAUUAUCUUUGGUAAUUUCAGUUUGAUGUAUUCCUCAUUUACAGAUGUUUUUGUAUAUUUUUCUCAUGUUUUCUUCAAAAUAAAUUUGAUGAAUUGUUGAAAAAA